GCUGAGAUUUUUUCUUUUCUCGCUGCUCAGUUCCGACGGUGCAUCGAUAGUGGGAAGUGCUCUCUCCCCGGGAAAUCUCGUAUCGCGCACGACGGUCUUUAUUCCAUUCGGUUGUGGCCAGGGAAUCCGCGCUCGUUCCGUUUUCUAGAGGGUUUUGAGGAAGCUGCGGGGUGUGAGGGAAGUUACAGGAAGUUGAGGCAAAAAAAGGAUAAUUUGGCUCGCGACUGACGUGCGUUUUCGAGGAAGGAUCGCCGUUACGGUGGUUGAGUUUGUGGGAGUUGUUUUUUGUUAUGGGUUUGUAACCCAUACAGGGUACAGCUUGGGGUGGUCAGUUGGUUUUUGGGGUUGAGUGUGACCGGCAGCAGUUUUGGGGGGAGAAAAAGUGAAUCUUGGGACAGAUUUUGAGGAAAAGGGCCCGAGUGCCGCCGAAGCGUGAAAGAAGUCGCAGAGGACUUCUUCUCGUCGCAUUUUUAUUUAUUUUUAAUUACCCUCCGUUUUAUUAUGUAAACAGAGUUGUAUUUUUGGAUGUUUGACAAACCUGAAAACGAGAGUCGCAGCAGCAUGUUGCGCCAGCUCUAAAAGAAAGUGAAGCGCAGAGAGUGCCAUAAAAAUCAUAAAAAGAACCUAAGCGGAGAAAGCCUCAUCCAGAAGAAGAGUUUAACAAACAUCGUUACCCUUGUGCAUCAUUAAACAUGUUCUUGGGAAAGUAAAUUGAUUUGAUUUCUGAGAAGAAGCACCAAUAAAGAAGAUCAACAAUGCAGUCACAUCUAAUUACCUUGAUUUUGAGCCUGCUUCUGGUGGAAGCUUUGGGACACCGCUCAUAUUUAAGGAGUUUCCAGACGCCAAGUGCCAUCGACCCAUGUUACGAUGAAGAUCGACCACGGAGAUGCAUGCCCGACUUUGUGAAUGCUGCCUUCGGAGUUCCUAUUGAGGCAUCCUCCAUCUGCGGAAAAGACAAACCUGCGCGCUUUUGUGACUACAAGGAUCUACAUGCCCGAAAUGAGUCAGUUUGUGACAUUUGUGACGAUUCCGAUCCGAUCAAACGCUUUUCAGCGCUUGCGCUUACCGACGUCCAUAAUUCCAACAACGUAACAUGUUGGCGUUCAGAGCCUCGAGUUGGCUCUGUAGACCCAGGAUCUCCUCCGGACAACGUCACUUUAACCUUAUCUCUGGGAAAGAAGUUUGAGCUGACCUACGUCAGUUUGAUGUUUUGUCCGUACGCCAUUCGUCCUGACUCUAUGGCUAUUUUCAAGAGUGCUGAUUACGGGAAAACUUGGCAACCGUUCCAAUUCUACAGCUCGCAGUGCCGCAAGCUCUAUGGACGCCCAACACGGGCUACCAUAUCGAAAACAAACGAACAGGAGGCUCGUUGUGUUGAUCACAAUCGCUACAACGCCGAUGGAAUACAAGGAUCACGCAUCGCGUUUAGCACUCUGGAAGGUCGUCCUUCCGCGCAAGAUUUUGACUCUUCUCCAGUGCUCCAAGAUUGGGUCACCGCCACCGAUAUUCGCGUAGUCUUUCAUCGACUUCAACCACCUACAACAACCACUAUCCUCAAAACCCAAUCCUCCGAGCAGCUGAAAUACAAAAAAUCCGAAUAUAUUUCAAAGGAGAUAUUCACACCACCCUCGGCUGGCGUUUCCACCUACGCUCUGUCGGAUUUUGCCGUCGGAGGACGAUGCAAGUGCAAUGGACACGCUUCCAAGUGCAUCAAAGCGGUGGAUGGCAAGCUAGAGUGUGACUGUAAGCAUAACACCGCAGGACGGGAUUGCGAGCGCUGCAAACCAUUCUACUUUGACCGUCCGUGGGGACGCGGAACAGUACGGGAUGCGAAUGAAUGUAAAGCAUGCAACUGCAACGGCCAUGCACGAAAGUGUCGCUUCAAUUUGGACCUGUACAAGCUGUCCGGGCGGGUGUCCGGAGGAGUUUGCAUCGAUUGCCGGCAUGAUACAACCGGUCGGCACUGUCACUACUGUCGGGAAGGUUUCUACAAGGAUCCCACCAAGUCCAUCACGCACAAGAAGGCAUGCAAACCUUGCGAUUGCCACCCGAUUGGAUCAUCCGGGAAAAACUGUAACCACACUUCCGGUCAGUGCACUUGCAAGGAGGGCGUGACGGGCCUAACUUGUAACCGAUGUGCCCGAGGCUACCAGCAAAGCCGAUCCCAUAUCGCUCCAUGCAUCAAGAUCCCGCGAGUGACGAUGGUCAACCACCAGGCGCAGAACACGGCACCGGACUCCUAUCAGUACGAUCCAGAUGCGAGUGAAAGUACCAAAGAAAAUUGCGGCAAAUGCAGAUUUGACACGAAACGAUUAAAUCUGAAUAAAUUCUGCAAGCGUGAUUAUGCAAUCAUGGCAAAAGUCACCGGUCGAACGACUUCCUCGAAUAAGCAUGUACCUCGGGACGAGGUGCGCUUCAACCUGCAGGUGCAAACCGUGUUCAAAUCGACCAAUCCCCUACUGGCCACGAGCAGUCAGCGAAAGUCAUCCGUUGGUCUGCUGGUUCCCUCCAAGAAUCUCGAUUGUCGAUGUCCGAGUAUUAAAAUCAACAAAUCAUACUUAAUAUUGGGCAUGGAUUCGAAGCAGAAUCCCGACAGCCUGGUGCUAGGCCCCAAAACAAUCAUCAUCGAGUGGAAGGACGAUUGGAACCGACGGUUACGGCGAUUCCAGCAGCAGUCGAGUUCAUGUUACUAGAAGAAGGAAAGCAAGCGUGUAGGUAGGAGAGCAGGCUCUACCGCGAUUUGUCAAGUCAAUUUGAGUCACCCCGUGUGUGAAUGAUAUGAAUGAGUGUUCCAGAAAGUGUGUAAGUCAGGUCUCGGUUUGAAUUACUGCAAAUUAUGCCAAGUGCAUGAAACAUGAGGCCAUUGGGAGCUUAAAUGGCACCGGAAUUUACAAAUAAAAUAUUACUCACAAUGUAUUAACGUAGCAAAUAAGUGGAUUGUGGUAGAAGAUUGGCAAUGUCUCCCAGAAGUAAUAUUGGUAACUGGGAGAAUGGUGGUUUGCUUGGAAGUAGGAGAUGUGAAAAUAGUCUUACCAACAAUAGUAUUUUUUGUCUCUGUCAGUGCCAUUGAAAUCUAAUUAACAAGCAAAUGCGUAACAAAAAAUGAGUAACCAUUCAUUGUGUUGUCGUUGUACAAGAAAGAGAAUGAAAUGCAGAGAAAUUAUAUGCAAUAAUGUGUACAAUAAAUCGGUUUAAGAAUGUACAAUUUAUUACGAUUAUUACGGACAAUUUUCAUUCAGAACCUCGUGCUAAACGAAAUUCUGCCAAACAUUGGUCUUCGAUCGCCGUUGGAAUAGCUAUCAUCUCAUCGUCAUCAAAAUACCGUGUUUGAGUAGGCUCUAUUUACUGUUGUAAAUAUAUGGUGAUUUCCACAUUUGAGUUAAAAAUGCAUUCAUUAAAAUAUCAAAUAUCAUAUUUAUUUACGAUGCCCGCCAAUUUGGCAUUAUAGAACAGUAACUCUCUUUUCUUGAUAUGUUUCGUUAGUUUUCCUAAAUCCAUGAGGAUAUUUGUGCAUUCAAUUCAGAUGUUUAAAAAGACGCGGACACGUUAAUGCUUCCAGUGGACGAUUUGUCCUUUGAAGGAAGCACCACACUAGACAACGGACUAGCAUGCAACGCCCAGUGGCAAGUCGAAAUACGUUCCUGACGAAAAGUUUUCCGGAGAUGUUAUUCUCUUUUUACCAGAAUUCGAUUGCACUCCUGAAAAACUUGACUAUCAGAAGACUUCGCGUGAAAUUUCAUGUCAAUGACGAGAAGUUGUAAGAAAUAUUAAAUCAGCAUUUCUGUUAGUUAUACACAUGUCUAUUCCGAUGAUUCCUCCAAUAUCGACCAGAAGAGAGUUAACUGCUGUUCGACACAUGAUUGACAUUUCAAAAUUCCUUAUGCAGAGCGGAAAUCCAGAAAAUGAAUGAUUGAUCACGCAAAACAUUAAACGUAACAAUUAGAAUGUAAACAAAUUUGUUGUGAAUUGAAGCUUAAACUGAACAAGAAUUUAUCAAGAACAUAUUUAAUUGAAAUUAAUAUUUAACGAUAAAUUGUAUACAAAUUGUGAUUAUACUCUUGUAAAUACAAUCAGGUAAGCAAAAUCUAUCACCUUAUCGAAAAUCAAAAGUGCUCCAUUUGUAGGUAAUCCAUUUUACCUUUAAAGCAUAUAGCACAAAUAAUUCAGCCGACGUUUUUAUUUUUCAUUUAUUACAUGUAUUUAUAUUAAGUGUUUUGUUUAAUUUCCCUGAACUAUCAAUAUCUUCCAAACAAUUUAGAACGUAGAUAUCAUUUAUACAAAAUCCAUGUUCAAACAAAUAACUGCUAGAAAGCUUAUCAAAGAGCGUAAUACGAUACACACCCCCGAAUAGCUCUGAUCAAUGUUUGUAACAAUCAGAUUAAUUCUCAGUGUUUUGAGCGCUUCGAAAUAUAUCUACUCAGUCAAAUGAAUAACGCUAACACGAAAAUCAAACACGUUGUAACUCGUUCCAGUCAUUCAGCUGCGAGACAGAAGAAACGUAAAAUGCAAGAAAUAAAUACAUUAAAUUAUUUUAUAUUAAACGGUAA